UAAAGGACUGUGAUAACAAACAAUGGACAGUGAAUGCUAUUGGUGGGCUUUUUAAUUGACAGUUGAAACUACGAAUCAGUACAGCUUUAGCGUCAUCGGAAAGUAGUUCCGCCAAAGGAUAUAGGAGUGUGUUGCAUCAGAAAGUUUAGUGCGGAGCUAAUGAGUGUUCUCCAAAAGUUUAUUUCAAGUGUGUGCGUGCAGCUAGAAAACCACACAUACCCAUCUACAGUGGAGAAUAAAAAUUAAAGAAGAAACAUCAGAGUCAUUGCAUUCUAACCGGAUGUGCCAUAGUGAUUGCAAACCUUUACUAACCAGCCCCAAAUAAAUACCUCAAAACAUAUGGUCCUUCGAGCCGGAUUGCAAUUGCUGUGGAAUUGAUAAAAAUGUCUUCUGACCAAAGGAGUAGAGAAGGAAGGCCUGCUGAUGUGCGUCCUAAACGACAAGUGCGACCACCAGCCUGGUUGAAAGAUUAUGAUGUUUCUCUCCCGCACUAUAAUGAAUCUUCACCUGUUGUUCAAACUACACCUUUCACCACAGAGGAACAGGAGCCUUAUCGUAUUGAGAGGGUAGCCGAGAUGACCCCCCUCACUCAUCACACACUUCGACACUUCGACACUUCUACUGGACUCAGGCAGAGGCCGUUUACCCAUUCUGGCCAGGUGGAACAGAUGUAUAAGAGCACACCUGUACCUCACCACAGUGUAUCAGGGGAUGUAUCCUCAGAGAUAUUGGAGGCUAUUCAACAGCUCAAGAUGGAGAAUCAGAAACUACAGUCUACAGUUUUAGACAUGCAACGAGAUAUGAGAGGUGAUACUGUGGUUCCAUUGCACCAUAGGUCAGUGCCACCAUCACACGAUAAAGCCCCUUCGCAACCAUGGCGGCUACCUCGUGCCAACCUGCCAUACUCAGAGCAGCCAACUGAUAGUUAUAAAAUUCCGCCUCACAGUAAAUCGACAUGGGAUGUUAGUAGAGCCCCUAUACCAGACAAGGAGGAGGAUUGGCCACCCCCACCUCCACCAGUAGCUGAUGAUGUCCCACUUCCUCGAACUCCAGUGAAUAAACCACUACCUCCACCUCCAACAGCAGCCAUCCCAGACUUAGUGGAGGAAUUAACUGCAUGUUUGCGUAGACUAGGCAGGACAUCACACCCACCUUCGUGUCCAGCGACGCCUGAGUACUUUGAACCAGAUGAUGGUUCUUCAGUGGCAUCUGAUGUGCAGAGGUCACAUGACAUUGAUAGACAAUCCAAGUAUCCCCCCAUACCUCCUCAUGUCAGUAUGCAGUAUCACAAGGAGACUGCUGAGGACUUCCACAACCCUCAGUGAGAGAAAUUAUAUCGAGGUCCUAAGCCCACAAUUCCAGAUUUCACCAAAGGGGACCCACGAGAGUUUGCAAGAUUGAAGAUCUCCCUGGAUAAUAUUCUGCCUGAAGAUGCCACAGAGAGAUUUAAAUAUCAGAUCCUCUUAGAUCAUCUCAAAUUCGAGGAUGCCCUUCUGAUAGCAGACUCUUACACAAAUUCAAAGAGACCUUAUUCAGACACCAUGGCUUCCCUGGCAGAACAGUAUGGACAGCCCCACCAGUUAGCUCUACGUCAUAUUGCUGACCUCAUGGAAGGCUCAAGUAUCCGCAGUCAUGAUACAACUGGAUUUAAGAAGUUCGCACUUAAGGUCAGAGCUCUCGUGGGCAUGCUAGAUCAACUUGGUCAAAGUGGAAAUGUUGAACUCCAGUGUGGCUCACAUGUUACUAGGUUACUAUCCAAGUUACCUCAGGACCUGCGAGCUGAUUUCAAGAGGUACAUGUAUCCCCUGGGAGUCCGCAUCCCCACACUUCUGAACUUUGCAGAGUGGCUGGAAUACGAACUGACAAUUCAAGAUAGUGGUUUUGAGUUUAUUGGAGAAAGAAGGGAACGCCUUGAUCAAAGGAUGGACAGACGUAAGGACGUCAAGUCUAGUAAGACAUUUUCCAUAUUUCACAGCUCGGGCCCUUCCACCACCAAUCCACCUACAGAAGGGUCUGGUCCAAGUGCUUCUAGACCUCAAGACAAGGUAAAGGCAUACUGUCCCUAUUGCUCCAACACCCAACAUUACUUGAAUCAGUGCCAGAACUUUAGUCAGCUUACUAAAGAACAGAAGUGUUACUGGGUAAAAACAAAUAAAAAAUGUUGGCGUUGUGGUCGCACCCACCAAGCAGCACAGUGUCGUCUGAAAACAAUCUGCAAAAUCUGUAAUGGCAGGCAUCUUGAGGCACUCCACGAGCUCAAUGAUAGACCAAUUAGAGAAACCCCUCCUCUUUCGAAUCCCACCAGUGAGGUUCUCUACUUGGAUAGGCAAGCAGGCUGCAGUAAGGUACUGCUGAAAGUCAUCAAAGUGAUUUUACGUAAUGGAAAGCAUGUGCUAGAGACCUUCGCCAUUCUAGAUGAUGGCUCAGAGAGAACAAUUCUCCUUCAGGCUGCUGCUCAGAAACUGAAUCUUCACGGGAAGACAGAGAAUCUGGUACUGAGAACAGUUCGACAGGACAUGAAGGUCAUACAAGGUAAUACAGUUUCCUUCUCAAUAUCUCCUGCUUGUCAGCCUCAGAAGGUCUUUAAGAUCAACAGAGCUUUCACAGCAGAUCAGCUAGGAUUGGCAGAACAUACUUACCCUAUUAAAGUUCUACAAAGCAAGUACAGCCAUCUCAGAGGGCUGCCCAUUCCUGCCCUUGACAAAGCUCAUCCACUCUUGCUAAUUGGCUCUGACUAUCCUCAUUUAAUCACGCCAAUUGCGCCAGUGCUCUUGGGUCCUUCGGGUGGACCAGCAGCAGUGAGAACGAGGUUGGGUUGGACAAUCCAGGGUCCUGCCAAGCUUGUCCAUUAUCAGCUUCAGACUCAACAGUGCCUGAACAUUUCCAUUAUGUCUCCCUCCAAUGAACUGUUCAAAAAUGUGCAGCAACUUUGGCAACUGGAUGUAUUGCCUUACAGGAAUGAGAAGCUUAUCACUAGAUCUAAGCAAGAUCAGGAUGCAGUUAACCUGUUAGAGGCAAAGUCCAAACGGAUUGACAUCAAUGGGAUCCAGCGCUAUGCCACUCCUCUUCUCAGGGUAAAGCACAUGCCAAAACUACAAGCCACAAAGGAAGCGGUAAUGGCCAACCUCCGCAGCACAGAGAAUCGCUUGAUGAGAGACCCUCAAAAGGCAGAAGCUUAUAAUGACGAAAUUAGGAAGCUAGAACAAGCUGGCUAUGCAGUCAAGGGACAAGAGCAGAUACUGAGUGAGACUGAUGAAUCUUGGUUCAUCCCUCAUCAUAUGGUGAGUCACAACUAGGGGUGUC